CCCCGGUGCACGCGAUGUCCUUGGCUCUCGGCUACAAUGGAUGGUUGUUGUUAAAUUUUAGACUGGCAGCACUUCGGGAAUCCCAGCAAGUGGCUUUCAGUAGCGAGAUCCUGGACACUCUGCCAAAAUUGUACACCAACCGAGAAGAACAGGUUACUCUUCACCUGGAAUGUCGGGGUGGAUCUGGUAAAAGUUGCCACGGAGCAGCUCAUGUAACAAUCCAGUUUGAGGGAAAACACAAAAAUGAAGCCGUCAACCAGCAACUGCACAUUUUGGAGAAAGAAAUGAAGCACCUGCAGGCAGAAGCUGCUCAGAUGCCUCCUCUGAAUGUUGUAGGAGCCGCCGUCUACGUGGAGAACUUCAUAACAGGUUUAAUCAAUAUCUAUAAGCUCCAGCCUACACCAAGGAUUCAACGGAUUGGCAUCAGUCUGUUCUUCGCAGUGGUGGAAUACGUGUGCGACGAAACGCAGCGUCAUCCCCCAUCGAGGCAAUUCUUCACUUCCUGCAUCGAGGUCCUUGGCCAAGUGUUCAUCGCGGGGACCAAGUCUGAAUGUCAGCGGGUUUUACAAACCAUUCUGAAGAACCGAAGACUUUGCACGCUGCUCUCCCCUUACUUCACUCCUGUUGCCUCCCCGGAGGAAUUUGUCAGCUUGUACGAGAAAGUUGUGGCUUUCCUGGGUGACGACAACAGCGAUGUCAUUUUCAUGCUUCUGACAAAGUUUGACCUCCUGGAAUGGUUGCAGAGUUCAAAACCCGCCCUGUCGGAGCGUGGCCAGCUCUUGGAGUCCAUCCACGUGGGUCUCAAGACUUGUGGCUUUGAGCCUGAGAAGGACAUCUUAAUGCCUUUUUCCAUCUUCUGCAAACAUGGGGUUUGCCUUCUCCAGUACCAGUUUCCUGACCACUACAGUAGUUUUUUGAGGCUCCUUCUUCAAAACACGUUUGUUUUGGGCGAGUGGGAAACACAGAAAGCUAAGAACAAUUUCCAGCUUCUGAGUUGCCCCCUUUGGAAUUCCUUUAAAAAGUUGGUCAUGUGUAGCUGGAAGCAAUUCACUAGAAGUCUCUCUCUUUCUCUCUCCUUUUCAGCUUUGCAUUACCUGUUUUUAACUACCAUUCAACUCUUCAAGCCAUGGCUGGAGGUUUUAGAGGGGGAAGAGACAAGCAAACAGCGCUGCUAUCCAUGGCUGGAAAGUGAUGCCUCCAUUGCAUCAACUAUGGUGGAAUUGUUUGCAUCCAGCAUCGCCGUUUUACACAAAGGUUUUAAAGAUAAGGUGCUGCCAAGCGACCCUGGAAUCCUUUGGCUUCUUGUGAUGCACUAUUGCGAGUCGUACACGGCACCCAAAAUGCCGGAGCACCUCCUUCACAUAUUCCACAUGGAAUUGGGCCGCCUCCCCUGGAAGGAAGUUCAUCCGGAUCAGCACCUGAUGGAGGAAUUCUUUAAGGUAGAAAGAGGCAGCCCCAAGAGUUGUUUCCUCUUCCUGGGCUCGGUGCUGUGUGAGGUGAAUUGGGUCAGUGUCCUCGCUGACGCCUGGGAUCCCAGUCCGCCCCCGGACACCCACAGCCUGAUCGUGUGCCUGCUUUAUAUGGUGAUCCUGCUGGCCAAAGAGGAAGAGCUGAUCACCAAAGAGCAAUCUCCGCUGCUCAACGUCCUGGGCCAGACCAGCUCCCUUCCCUGGCAUCACAUCAACAUUGUGUCCUAUCGGAGCAUCCUGGGUUACUUCAAUAGCCACUACCCUCCCUCCAUCCUGCUGGCCAAGGAACCGGCGGCUGAACUGGUGGUGAAACUCUUGAAGGUGUCUGCCGGCUUCAGCACCGCUUUGGACAGCAGCGGGCAUGUU